AUGUCGAGGACGCUGCAGGAGCAAUUCCCCGACCCCGACGCCGCCGUCAGCGGCACGUUCCUCCGAACCACCGAUGCGUCUGACAGGACGUGGCGUGACGUGGCCCUCAUCGCGGAGUCGGACGAUCACACCUUUUGGACGGUCGUUGCAAACCACAAGAGUCUGCCACUUGCGCUGCGGAACCUCAUCACAGCGGUGUGCAACGCCCACAGCUCCGCCUUUCGUCGUCACCUGCAGCGAAGCGACGAGCUUGCCCUGAUCACACUUCUCGUUCGGUUGGUGACCACCACCUCCGUUGCCUCGUCUGCUGGCGUCAGUGUGACAAGUGUGGCGAGUUGCCUUGAACAACAUGUUCCGCCUGCCUUAUUGAUGCCGCUUUCGCUGAUCAUCCUGCGACACUGCGGAUCUGUCGCGUCUGCAACGGUCACCUCACUCAUUCUUAUUAACCCCGCCUAUUUAUGCGCAAUGCCUGCCACGUCAGCCUCGUGGUGUGACGCGACCGCUCGUCUGUCAGUGCAGUGUGUGAGGGAAGUAGCGAGAGGUAGACAUCAAAGACUUGCCGGCGACGUGGUUUCACUCUUUGAGCAGGUAUACCGUCAUGUGAAACAGUUAUGGGCGGUUGUGCACUGUGCCCCGUUUCUUGCAGAUUACAUGCCGCUAGCACGCCUGCUACAGUAUUUACGGGUCGUAGUGGAUUUACUUUCACCUCUGCUUCAGCAUUUUCUGUUAACCUGCACGGCACUCGCCAACCGUCGUGAACAGCUUUCCAAGGCGAAUUCGGCUAUGCUUAAUGCCGCUAUCAAUGCCGCCUCGAUUCUUGUGUUGUUCCGUACCUACCACAAGGUGGCGGGCCAUGAUCGAUGCCACUGUGUGGAGCGACUUGUUGCGUCUACCUACGAUGCCCUCACGAGUCACAUUGCGCAGAAGGUGCAGGGACUUCCCGCCGUGUUGCUCUCCGACACACGACGAUCCUUCACCAGAACGCUGCAUGCACUCGUGCCUCCACAGGCGGCGGAAGAAGAUUUGGAGAUUGGGAAAGUGUUGCGCUGUCUAAGUGAACCGGUGCCAGACAGCAAAGAUUUUUCGGAUGGAUUUCUGGGGGCUCGUCCCCGCUACUUUGAAUUACUUCUGCUGGAGUUGAUACGUCAGGGGUUUCACAUUGAUGUGCUUUUGGAGAAGAAAUUCAUUACUCUUCUGGAGGCGGAGGAGCUUGGGGUCUCGGAGCGGGUUCUCACGCAAGCCAUCGCCGGUAUUGUGGACAAGGCCACCGGGGAAGCCGCGAUGACGAGAAGUGAGGGAGGCAACGGCUGCAGUACGGAACUCUGCACUGCCGCAGAGCCAACACCUGAUUCUUCAGAUCCGUUGGUAAACAUUGUCUUGGGAGUCAUGCCCCACUUUAACGUGGAGGGCGUCAAGGCUGCCUUGCGGUAUUACAACGAAGACGUGGAACAGUUUAUUCUGGAUGCAUCUAUGGAUAACAUCGCCCCGCACCUUCUUGCGCAGCUCACCGAAGCCUCGCCCUCCAAUGCCGUGGGAGUAGCAGCUCGAGCGGAAACGGGGAGCUCCGAAAUUAAUGCAACCGCCGCUGGAGGCUUCACUUCCACAACCGCGAAUGCGCUGACGCAGGAAGACUACGACAGGGACUUCGAUGCGGUGGAUUUGAAUUUGUUUAUUGGUUCUGAUUUAUAUGAGACCAUCAACGCUGACGGCGGGAUCGUGUCGGCUGAGGAGCCCUCGUGCGAUCUUGUUUACACCACGUACCACCCCGACGACCACCGUGGGGCUGCGGAGAUGUUUGAAGUGGACGAUGCAAUGCGGGAUAAGAUCCGCAUGCUGACCGAGCUGAUGUACGACGAUGAAGUUGACGACACCCAGGAGGUCGCGGAGGUUUGCACGUAUGAGGCUCGCCAGGGCGCGAACGACUCGGACUCGUCGGCCUCAAGCAGCAGCGGUGGUAUGAACCACGGCCCCAAGAGAAGCCUGCUGGAGGAGGGAGGAGUGGCCACCAGUACACCAUUUCGCCCUAGGACGCAAUACGACGAAAAGCGAUUUCAUGAGACGCGUUCUAGACAACGGGAAAAGACCGUGCGAGCGGCGAAGGAGACGCGGGAGGCAGCACCAGCGUACACCCAAAAGAAGAAGACCACACGCAAAAAGACGCAGGAUAAGCGGGCCUUAACGCGUGAGGUGAAGAGGGGCAAAACCAACUGGUGA